AGUUUAAAGAAUUUCAGUGAACCUUCAAACCUCUUUAAUUAGGGACCAAUCUUCACUCUCUCUCUACACUUCCUCUGCAUCCUCAAUCAGUCCACCUUCGUCAAACUUCCUCUGCAACUGUCGGAGUUCCAACGAAACCCAACUCCUCGCCGGAGACAGGAAGCACGCCGCGGGGAGAGGUCACAGCUUUCUGAGCUUCAUCGCUUGAGCUUUCAAGAACUCGCCGAUGAACCUGGUCCGGUUCUUGGGUUGGUCUCUUUCUCGGUCCAUGGAUGAAGACAAGCCUCACUUGGAGGUAGUGAGGCACGACGGGCGACUCCUCCUGAAGAUCAAGAAGGGUGGGGAUGGCGAUGGGGCGUUGAGUAUUGCGGAGAAGGACCCCCAGGAUCAGCCCAUCGCGAUGAGUUACUCCUGUGAGCACUGCGGGAAAGAGUUUGAGUCAAGAAAGGCACUCGGCGGUCACGUGAGGAUUCACAAGGAUGGCCUCGCCGUCAAGAAAGGCUGGGUGAAAGCGGCUCCGGAUGGGAACGCUGAGGAGGACCAGGGAGCUACUUGUGAUAUCUGUGGGAAGGAAUUCUCAUCACCGAGGUCGCUGUAUGGGCACAUGAGGUCGCACCCGGAGAGAGAAUGGCGGGGGAUGCAGCCUCCUGGCUCUGCAUCUCAUGAGUCGCAGAGCUCUCAAACGUCAACUGAAUUGGAUGCUGUAAAGGCCAGUGAUCACAUUGAUUGCUCUAAUACUGCAGUCACAGGGCCUGUCCCGGAACCCGCUCUUGUCGACCUGUCGAAGACAAAGUUCCUACUGAGCUGGUCCAUGACCGGCAAGAGAGGUCGGAAGAGUUCGAUUAUUUCCUCCGGUUCUUUGGGGCAAGGUUACUCGUGUUCCAAGCCGGAGGAUUGGAGCCAAGAAGAACAAGAAGCUGCCAAAAUCCUGCAUAGCUUGGCCAAUGCUCCCAUCAGCUCCUCGCAGGCUAAUCCUCCAAUCAAACCCUCUCCACAUGAAGAUUUCUUGGGCUCGGGACCGGCUCCCCGGAGCUCAAUGGAGCCGUGCACUGAUAAUGGCAAUGCUGGGCAUGCAGACACGGGGAAGCAGAAGAAGAGGAACAAAAAGAGGAACUUUAGUGAGUUAGAGACAGCAGAGGUUAAUGAAAAGAGGAUUGAUCAUGAUGAUGAUCCUGCGACAAGUUCACCCGAGAAGUACAGAUGCAACAUCUGCGAUAAAUCCUUCCUGACAUACCAAGCCCUCGGCGGCCACAAGUCAGUUCACAAAAGGGCCAAGAACACCCACAGCCAAUCAGAACAGCUCCAAGAUCACCAUCCCGCUCCCAAACCCAGCUCACAGCAUGACAAUGAGAUGGAUCGCAGCGAUAGCAGUGACUCGCACGAGUGUGAGAUCUGCAAGAAGAGGUUCCAGACUGGGCAGGCACUGGGGGGCCACAAGAGGCUCCACUAUACAGGGUCCCCAGAAGCCAAAGCAACAUCCUCCGAUGAGGCCAGUGGGACAGGCCAACGGAAGAAGCCAUUUGACUUCGACCUUAACGGGCCACCACCUGCAGAGGCCGAGGAGGAGGAAGAAGGGGUGCUGGGUCUGGGAUCAUCUACACACUAGUAAGCACAGACCGACAUCCGAACCACUUCGACUUGAUGACUUUAGCGAUGCCUAGUAAAGAGAUGCAGCUCGCUUGCUUAAUCAAAUCUGACAUAGUCCGUUAGAUUUCAGAUUCUGCCCUUAGUUUCAAUUUUCAUCAGAUUUUGGGUACUGAAGAUGAUCGAUUAGCGACCAAAGGUUAGCCGAGGAACAAAACUCUCUGGGAUUGAUUAUUUCUAUGGUUUUGCUUCGUUGACAAUGGAAGGGAAUGAUGAAUGAUGGCAGGCAGCCAUCAAGAUUUUAUGUGCAAAGGCCUUCACUUUCUUUCUUAGGAUCACUAGUAAUUCUUUAUGAAUGUCAAAAAGUCAAAAUUCUUUGCUCAA